AUGUGUGUCGUUGUCAGCGUGCGUGUCACUGUGUGCGUCAGUGCUGACUGGCACUUUGUCGGGAUUAAGAGGUGGGAAUUAAGGGAGGCAGCUGGCCGCCCCGCUCGGACCUCCUCGCUCAUUCGGACCUCCUCGCGCACUGUCUGUACGAUGACUCAAAAGGUGGUCUUGAUCACAGGAUGUUCCUCCGGCAUCGGACUGGCGCUCGCCACACGCAUCGCCAAGGAUGAGAAGAAGAGGUUCAUGGUGUACGCCACCAUGAGGAACGUGAGCAAGGGCGAGGCGCUGGUGGAGGCGGCCGGUCGCGCACUGGGCCGCACGCUGGAGAUCAAGCAGCUGGACGUGUGCGACGAGAUCUCCAUCAAAGCGUGCGUGGACAGCCUGCCCGAACGCAGGGUGGACAUCCUCAUCAGCAACGCCGGCAUGGGCCUGAUCGGGCCCAUCGAGUGUCAGUCCGUGGACGAGAUGAAGACGGUCAUGGACACCAACUUCUUCGGCCUGGUGAGGCUGCUCAAGGAGAUCCUUCCUGACAUGAAGCGGCGCAAGAAAGGUCACAUCGUGGUCAUCAGCAGCGUCAUGGGCAUCCAAGGGAUCCUCUUCAACGAUGUCUAUGCCGCAUCCAAGUUCGCCGUGGAGGGAUUCUGCGAGAGUUUGGCUGUCCAAGCGCUGAGGUUCAAUCUCAACAUCAGUCUGAUCGAACCGGGUCCGGUCAUUACGGAGUUUGAGCGUAAGGUGUACGACGAAGGUCUGAAAACGGAUUUGAGCAAUGCUGACGCGGUGACGGCGGACAUGUUCACCAACAUCUACCUGAAGAACUACAAGCAGAUCUUUGAGACGCUGGGUCAGACAGCAGAGGACGUGGCUGAGCAUACGCUGAGGAUCAUGACGUCGGACAACCCUCCGUUCCGCCACCAGACCAACACGCUGUACACGCCCAUGACCACGCUCAAGUACGCCGACCCGAACGGUGACCUGCCCAUCGACACCUUCUACAAGAUGGUGUUCGAGCACGACAAGAUCUUCAACGCCAGCCUCAACUUCCUCAAGCUGCUGCGUUGGCGGAGCAGACGCAGCUUCACGCUGGACAAAAGCAGCUGAGAUGUCAUUUCCUCCAUUUUGUCUCUAGAGGGAGCCAAUGAAGUCCAAUCAUCACAGCUUGUGCUUGUCUUUAGCCACGCCCCCAGACAGUCACGUGACCACCACAUCAAGUCACUUUAAAACAGGGGUCAGCAACCUUUUUGAAAUCAAUAGCUUCUUCUCGGUUUCCGAUUAAUGCGAAGGGCUUCACGCGUUUGACCUUUCAUGUUAAUGAUUUCUCAUAAUUAUCAACAAUAAUCUACAAAUAUGAACUUGAUAAAUAUCAAUUUGCAAAUUUCAUCUCGACAAAUUUCUGCAAGUGUUUACAGGUUAAAAUGGGCACUUCAACACCCUUCCUAGGAAAUCACAAUGUCCCAUCAGCGGUGAGCUAUUGUUGGAACAGAGCCGCCGAAAAGCACCGUGUUGGUGAGCCCUGCUUUAAAAGCUUGAAAAGAUUAGAAACAGCUUGGGUACCUCAGAGCUUUUUGUGCAAAUUAGAUGAUGUUAAUAAAUCACAUACAAUAAAUGUGGAAGAAUGGUGG